AUGGGACAGACCGUGACGACUCCUUUGACUCUAACCCUUAACCACUGGACUGACGUAAAAGCUAGGGCUCACAAUCUGUCUGUCGGGGUACGGAAGGGCCCCUGGCAGACCUUCUGCACCUCUGAAUGGCCAACCUUUGGAGUCGGCUGGCCGCCAGAAGGUGUCUUUAACCUCUCUCUUAUUUCCGCAGUAAGAAAGGUCAUUUUUCAGUCUGAAGGGGGACACCCGGACCAAAUACCCUACAUUCUCGUCUGGCAGGACCUCGUCCAGAAUCCACCAGUGUGGGUCAAGCCCUGGAUAUUUGGCCGCCCUGAGCCAACUUCCACUAUAAUGGCAGUAGCCUCAGACCCCGAGCCCAACUUGCCUGUUCCCCCCCGACCUUCAGCUCCCCCGCCCCUCUACCCUGAGAUAGACAAUGAUCUUCUUCUUGACUUCUCCCCCCCUCCGUACUCCCAACCUCAAUCCUCUCCCCAGCCGGCACAACCUAACGUGCCACACGUCGCUGUGGGGCAACCCCCGGCGGCCGGUCCACGCGAACCGGGACCAGCAGGGGGAACCCGGAGCCGGAAGGGCCGCAGUCCAGAAACUGUUCGCCCCUCCGAGUCACGGUCUCUUGCCCUCCCCCUUCGGGCAAUGGGGCCCCCGCCAGGAGAUGACCAGCUUCCCCCUUUACAGUACUGGCCUUUUUCCUCGGCAGAUCUAUAUAAUUGGAAGACUAUGCACCCCACCUUUUCAGAUAAUCCCUCUGCCCUGACGGGACUCCUCGAGUCUCUCAUGUUUUCGCAUCAGCCCACCUGGGACGACUGUCAACAACUGCUCCAGGUCCUCUUCACGACAGAGGAAAGAGAAAGAGUCCUCCUAGAAGCCAGGAAAAACGUCCCGGGGGCCGAUGGGACUCCCACUAAUCUCCCUAACCUCAUAGAUGAAGGGUUUCCACUGACCAGGCCAACCUGGGACUUCAAUACCGCAGAAGGUAGGGAGCGCCUCACCGUCUACCGCCGGGCUCUCAUUGCUGGUCUAAGAGGGGCUGCAAGACGCCCCACGAAUCUGGCUAAGGUAAGAGAGGUUGUCCAAGGUCCAGUUGAACCGCCCUCGGUUUUCCUGGAACGCCUAAUGGAAGCUUAUAGGAGGUACACUCCUUUUGAUCCAGCUUCAGAGGAACAACAGGCGGCCAUAGCAAUGGCCUUUAUUGGGCAGUCAGCCACAGAUAUAAAAUGUAAGCUACAGAGGCUAGAGGGACUUCAAGAUUAUUCGUUGCGAGACUUAGUGAAGGAGGCAGAGAAAGUGUUCCACAAAAGAGAAACAGAGGAGGAGAAAAAGAAAAGAGAAAAGAAAGAGAUAGAGGACAGAGAGAACCGGCGUGAUCGCCGACAAGAGAGAAAUUUAACUAGAAUUUUGGCUGCAGUAGUAGGGGAUAGUAUAGCAAAAAAAGAAAGAAGCAGGCAGACAGGGCACCUGGGACUUGACCGUCCACUCGAAAAAGAUCAGUGUGCCCAUUGUAAAGAAAAAGGACACUGGGCAAGGGAGUGCCCGAAAAAGCAACUCAGGAGGAACAAGGUCCUGGCUCUCGAUGAUUAGGGGGGACGGGGCUCGGUCCCCCUCCCCGAGCCCAGGGUAAUGCUUCCAGUAGAGGGGACUCCCAUCAACUUCCUGGUGGACACGGGAGCUGAACAUUCGGUAUUGACCAGGCCCCUAGGAAAAUUAGGAACAAAAGAAACCAUGGUUGUGGGGGCCACGGGCAGCAAAUUCUACCAUUGGACUACAAAAAGAAAAUUGGACGUUGGGAGGGGCCGAGUAACUCACUCCUUCCUGGUCAUCCCUGAGUGCCCUGCGCCCCUCCUGGGAAGAGAUUUGCUGACCAAAUUAAAGGCACAAAUUCAGUUUACCCCUGAGGAACCUGAAGUAACUUUGGGGGAAGCUCCUGUGACUUGUCUGGUAGUCGGACUUGAGGAGGAAUACCGCCUCCAUGAAACAAAGCCUGGAGAAGUAGUUGCUUCAGAAUGGCUUACCCAAUUCCCUGAGGUCUGGGCUGAACAGGCAGGAAUUGGCAAGGCUAAACAAGUACCCCCGAUAGUGGUAGAGCUGAAGGCGCAUGCCUCACCUAUCUCGGUGAGACAAUAUCCCAUGAGUAAAGAAGCAAAGGAAGGCAUCCGUCCCCACAUCCAGAGGCUGAUACAGCAAGGAGUUCUAGUACCCUGCCGAUCUCCCUGGAACACGCCUUUGCUGCCGGUGAAGAAACCUGGCACUGGGGACUACCGACCAGUACAAGACUUAAGGGAGGUUAAUAAAAGGGCCCAGGAUUUGCAUCCCACUGUGCCUAACCCUUACAAUCUACUGAGUUCCCUCCCACCGGAGCGGGUUUGGUACACAGUGCUAGAUUUAAAAGACGCUUUUUUCUGUCUCCAAUUACACCCCAGCAGCCAACUGAUGUUUGCUUUUGAGUGGAGAGAUCCGGAAGGGGGACACACUGGACAACUGACAUGGACUAGAUUGCCCCAGGGUUUUAAAAACUCCCCCACACUAUUCGACGAGGCACUCCAUAGGGACCUGGCCCCCUUCAGGGCUCGGAACCCCCAAGUCUCCCUUCUUCAGUAUGUUGAUGACCUCCUGCUGGCAGCAUCCACCAAGGAAGCGUGUGAAGAAGGAACCAGAGAACUCCUAAAAGAAUUGGGUGAGUUAGGGUACCGGGUGUCGGCCAAGAAAGCUCAGUUGUGCCGCAACGAAGUAACAUACCUGGGGUAUGUCCUGAAAGACGGCAAGAGGUGGCUCACAGAAGCCAGGAAAAAGACAGUAGUUACCAUUCCUGUCCCCAAGACUCCACGGCAGGUACGGGAAUUUCUGGGGACAGCCGGUUUCUGUAGACUUUGGAUACCUGGGUUUGCCUCCCUAGCCGCUCCCCUGUAUCCACUUACACGGGAUCAAGCUCCCUUUGCUUGGACACAGGAGUGUCAAGAAGCCUUUGAAAAAAUUAAAACUGCUCUACUCACAGCACCAGCCCUGGCCCUGCCGGAUCUAACCAAACCUUUUACCCUGUAUGUGGACGAACGUGCGGAAGUGGCUCGGGGAGUGCUAACCCAAGCCCUGGGACCUUGGAAAAGACCAGUAGCCUACUUGUCAAAAAAACUCGACCCAGUGGCAAGCGGCUGGCCGUCAUGUCUGAGGGUAAUCGCAGCGGUGGCUCUCCUGGUAAAAGACGCUGACAAACUUACUCUGGGCCAGCAUGUAGUUAUAGUCGCUCCCCAUGCAUUAGAAAGUAUAGUCAGGCAGCCUCCUGACCGUUGGUUGACCAACGCCCGAAUAACUCACUACCAAAGUCUCUUGCUAAACGACCGUAUAACGUUCGGACCGCCUGCUAUUCUUAACCCCGCCUCCCUGCUCCCGGAGACAGACGGAUCCCAGCCGGUACACUCAUGCACAGACAUUUUAGCUGAGGAAACUGGAACCCGGAGAGACCUGACAGAUCUGCCCUGGCAUGGGGCGCCGAAUUGGUACACAGAUGGUAGUAGCUUCAUCAUGGAUGGAAAAAGAAAAGCCGGAGCAGCCAUAGUGGAUGGGAAGCAAGUAAUAUGGGCCAGCAGCCUUCCUGAGGGGACUUCGGCACAAAAAGCUGAAUUACAAGCUUUGACAAAAGCCCUUGAGCUGGCAGAAGGAAAAGUUAUUAACAUCUACACCGACAGCAGAUACGCGUUUUCCACCGCUCACAUUCACAGCGCGAUCUACAAACAAAGAGGACUCCUCACGGCUGCAGGAAAGGAAAUUAAGAACAAGGAAGAAAUCCUUGCUCUCUUGGAAGCCAUACACCUGCCGAAAAAGGUAGCUAUUAUUCAUUGUCCUGGACAUCAAAAAGGAAUGGACCCCGUGGCAGCAGGGAACAGAAUGGCAGAUCACACUGCUAAGAAAGCCGCACAAGGAACUGAAAUUGAACGCCUAAAGGAAAAAGAAUUAUCCAGCGGAUUUGACUGCCAUGGGAUCGCAAAAACUAAAGACAACAAAAUCAUUUUGCCUCAUAAAGAAGGUGAAUACUAUGUAAAGAGUAUCCAUCACCUAACACAUUUAGAAAAAAAGAAAUUGUGCGAACUAGUAAAAGCCUCCAAUUAUCACGUACUCCGACUACGAACUAUAACAGAACAAGUAACCCAGUCCUGUAAAGCCUGUGUUCUAACAAAUGCCCACCACCCGCUCGUAGAACCAGGAAAACGGCUGCGGGGAGACAGACCAGAAGUCUUCUGGGAAGUAGAUUUCACAGAAAUCGUUCCUGGUAGGUAUGGCAAUAAAUAUCUUCUAGUCUUCAUAGACACCUUCUCCGGAUGGGUUGAAGCUUUCCCCACAAAGUCUGAAACUGCCCAGGUGGUCACGAAAAAAAUUCUGGAAGAAAUUUUGCCCCGGUUCGGGAUACCCAAGGUAAUCGGCUCCGACAACGGGCCCGCGUUUGUCGCCCAGGUAAGUCAGGGACUGGCCAAACAGCUGGGGACCAAUUGGAAAUUGCAUUGCGCUUAUAGACCCCAGAGUUCAGGGCAGGUAGAGAGAAUGAAUAGAACUCUAAAAGAGACCCUCACUAAAUUGGCUAUUAAGACCGGCGGGAAGGACUGGUUGGGCCUCCUUCCCUUUGCGCUCCUCAGAGCCCGAAACACACCCGGACGUUUCGGGCUCACUCCCUAUAAGAUCCUUUUUGGGGGACCUCCCCCCUUGACCAGACCAGACGGAGUAUUAGACCCCGCCUUAGAUUCCCACUCACCCUCUGCUUUGUUUAUCCACCUUAAGGCUCUAGAGGCUGUCCGCACCCAGAUCUGGGACCAGAUUAAAGAAGCCUAUUCACCUGGGACUCCUGCGGUGCCACACGGGAUCCAAGUCGGUGAUCUGGUCCUUGUUAGACGUCAUCGAGUGGGAACCCUCGAGCCCAGGUGGAAGGGACCCUACUUAGUACUGUUAACCACCCCAACAGCUGUGAAAGUAGACGGAAUUGCUGCCUGGAUCCACGCGUCACACACAAAAAAAGCUCCUGCUGAAAAGCUUAAGGAUAAAUGGAAAGUGGAAGCAACUGAUAAUCCUCUUAAACUUCGCCUGCGCCGUCGCCUCUGCCCAGAGCGGUAA